GUUCGAUUCCUGCUCAGGCAGCCAAACCAGAGAAACUCAGAAAGUCCCUCUGCUCCCCGACUUCCAGGUUUUCCAGACAGCAGCUGGGCCGGAGGGCAGGAAAUUGAUGGACGCAGAAGGGUUCGGGAGCCGGAUCUGAUUGGAAACACCGACGACAAGUCCAAUCAUCUCCCGGAGCUUUGGAGCGAUUCCCCCUCAAUCGUCUCCAUGAUGGACCUGGAGGAGGAGCUGACUUGUUCCAUCUGCCUGGAUCUCCUUAAGAACCCCAUCACCCUUGAGUGUAGUCACAACUUCUGUUCCACCUGCAUCACUGCUCAGUGGACCACGGUGAAGCAGGACACCCCACGUUCGGCACAGCUCCACUGUCCCGAGUGCUGGAGGCCGUGCCAGUGGGACCCAUGUGUCCGGGACACUCGGCUCCAGAGUCUGUUGAGGAAGCUGACGUCCCACCAGGACCUGGAGAUGCUUUCCCAGAAGGAUGACCUGGAGAAGGAGCCCAGGGCACUGCAGUUGGUGAAGUGUUGCCCCUCAGAGGGCCCCAAACUGGACAUUUACUCACUGAAUUACUGCCUGAUGAACCCCAAGGUUGUAGAUACCCAUGUCUGCCUCAUCACCAUCCUGGGGGAGCAGCGCACAGGGAAGUCCUUCCUACUCAACCAGAUACUCCUGGCGCUCGAGGCAAUGGAAUCUGGCCAGGGCAACUGGAGGCCACAAGGAAGGGAAUAUCGGCAGGGCUUCCAGUGGGGCGGAGGAAGCGACACCAUCACAAAGGGUGUGUGGAUAUGGAGUCAUCCAUUUCUGCUGGACACGAAUGCAGGGAAGGUGGCUGUGUUUCUGCUGGACACAGAGGGAACCAUGGCCCCGGGCCAAAACAAGGAGACAAGUGUCAAGCUGUCGGCUCUCAGCAUGCUGUUUAGCUCCUACCAGAUCCUCAAUGUCUCCAGACAGCUGAAAGAGACAGACCUGGAAUAUCUAGAGAUGUCUCUCCGCGCUGCUGAGACAAUGGGAAACUGCUAUGAGAUGGAAGUAGUUCAGCACUUAGAUCUCUUAGUUCGUGACUGUUUUUUCGCAACGGAGUUUGGAUGGGAGCCAGGGAAGGCACACAUGACUGAUGUCAUCCACAAACAGUUUGACAGUUAUCCCAAGGUCCAGGAGAUGAUGCAGAGAGGCCGGACCCAUUGCUAUCUCCUGCCCUUCCCGGGGAAGAAGAUGGUGACCAAAGCUGGGGGAAACACUGCUGAUAUGGAUGACGAGUUCCAUAGGCAUCUGCAGGCCUACAUCGGAGAUGUGCUGUCAUCGGUCACCAGUCAGGUGAAGAGUCACCAGAAAGGCCUGUUCACUGGAAGCCAGUUAGCUGAUGCGAUUGAGAAACUGUCCAACCUAAUGAGGCGAGAGAAGUUUGGGUUCUCCUCCUCUGUUGAGGAUCUCUCCAACCUAAUGAGGCAUGAGGAGUUUGGGUUCUCCUCCCCUGUUGAGAUUUCCAUUCGUUUCCAAGCCUGGAAACUGAAGAAAGACAAGAGAAAGGAAUUUGAGGAGUUUUUGCUGGAGCAGAAUCAGGCCACCAAGCGACUGUUCUCUGCCCUCCAUGUCAGACCAAGGGCCAUGCGGGCCCGCAUAGACAAAAAGAGGGACGACAUCUUGCACGCCUUCUCUGACGCCUACAAGGGCCAUGACCAGAGCAAGGCCACAGAGACCUUAAGGAAGGAGCUUCAGGACAAGGAAGAGAUGUUCUUGAAGGCUUAUUUCAAACGUUUCUGUGGCCAUGCGGCUGCCGUUGGUGGGAUUUCAGGGGCCGGGCUGUUGACCGUGAUAGGAGGGGCGGUGGGGAUUGGCGUGGCAUCAGCCGUAGUGGCAGCAGGGGCUGCUGAAUUGGCGAUCGCCGGGGCUGCAGGGGCUGGGGCGGGAAUCGGAGUGGGGGCUGGGCUGGGGGCUGGAGUGGGGGCGGGGGUGGGGGCUAGGAUGGGCCGCAGAAAUGAGAAGGCGGAGUGGGAAAGUGAGGAGGACGAGGAGCCUCUUUUCCAAGAUGAGAGGUGAACUCUGGAAAUCAGCCACCUGAGGACUUCCGCAGGCCAAUGCGGAAUCCUCCAGAGGUGGCUGACUCCCACAUGCAUAUAACCUGGUUGUGGGCCAGGAUUGUGUCUUUUUUUGGCUGUGUUGUACUCUCUCAAUCUCUUAGUAAAGUGCUUUUGGUACAGUAAGCGCUCAAUAACUAUGAAUGAAUGAUUCCUCCCGAGGUAGCCGACGCCUACAUACAUAGAAACCUCUACACGUGGCCGACCGCUCCCUGCAUUUCAGAUGAAACUUGUGCUGGCUACAACCUAAAUACAAUUUGCAUCCAGUAAAUUGUUUUUUGGGGGGAGGAGCUUUGCUUUUUUCAUCAGCCCCGCCCUCCCUUUCCUGAUGGUAAUAAUCACAAUCUAUCAUUCAAUCAUACGUAUUGAGCGUUCACUGUGUGCAGGGCACUGUAGCAAUGUAAUGGACACAUUCCCUGGCCACAACGAGCUUGCAGUUAACAACAACAUUGACAAAGUUGAUAAUGAUGAUGAUGAUGAUGAUGAUAGCCCUUAUUACGCACUUACAGGAUGCUAACAACUAAUAACAACUAUGUGCUUAGCAUGGGGGGAGACAUGAGAUAAUCAGGUCAGGCAAUUUCCCUCUCCCAAAUGGGCGUCACAGACUAAGUAGGAGGAAAGACAGAUGAGGAAACUGAGGCACAGAGAAGUUGAGUAACUUGACUGAGAACCCGUGGCAGAUGACUGAUGGAGCUGUGAUUCUAACGCAAGUCCUCUGAUGGUCAGGCCCUUGCACUUUCCACUAGACCAUGCUGCUUCCAGAUUGGGCUUAGCUGAGCUGUUACAAGUAGGACACGUCGCUUGGAGCAGUAGAUUUCAGAUGCAUUUUCAAUGUAAGAAUACAUGUGCCCUCUUUGAAAAUUUUCAUGUGUUAAAUUUGAUUAUGGUAUAGCAUGCUGCAAUAAUAAAAUGUCGUGAUUCUAA